AUUUGGCACAGGACGCCGCAGCUGGCCAGGUAACCCAAUUCCUGCUAAACGCUUUAAAAAUAUUCCUUUAGAAAUUAACUUUUAAAAAACUGUUGCAGUAGAAAUAACAAGUAAAGAAGUACGUCAGUUGUGCUUGCCUAAUGACGUAUUUCCUUUAGUACUAUCUAGCUGACAGUGUGCAAUUGGUCAUGCACAGGAUCUUGGCCUUUGCUGCUUAUCAAUAAACGAUGUAUCGUAACGAUACAACGCCUGUCAACUGAACUAUAUUUUGCUCAAACUGAUUGCCUGAAUGGCUGAUAUUGCCCAACAGUGUUAUAGGAUCUACAUUAAUGAAUACCGGGAAUGCCUGGAGGGAUAACUGUUAUUGGCAAUGUUUUCACCUUUCUAGUACCACCUGAAGAAUUUCUCAACCGCUUAACUGGUUAUGUAGCAGGCAUGCAAUCGUCUGGUCCAAUUCUUCGCACUUGGACCGGGCCGUUUGCGUUCUUUUUCUUGUUUACUGCAGAAUCAUUUGAGGUGAUAUUAAGCAGCACUAAGUUAAUUGACAAAAGCCGUGAUUACAAAAAUCUCCUGCCAUGGCUAAAUACAGGAUUGCUCACAAGCACCGGCAGCAAAUGGUUUGCCCGACGAAAAAUGCUUACAGCAGCGUUCCAUUUUAAAAUCUUGGAAGAUUUCAUUCAAGUAUUUAACGAGCAGAGCCAAAUUUUGAUUCAAAAACUUAGCGCAGCUCUGGAAGUCAGGAAUGACUUCGAUAUUUAUCCUUUUAUCACACUAUGCACUCUUGACAUUAUAUGUGACACAGCAAUGGGAUGUAACAUCCAGGCACAAUCUCAAAGCAACAGUGAAUAUGUUAAAGCAGUUCAAUCGAUGCGGGAAAUUGUGGCAGCAAGGCUGAUUCGACCAUGGAUCCAGCCAGAUUUCUUGUUUCGAUUUUCCAACUAUAGCGUAAACCAAAAGGAAGCUCUUAAGAUUUUGCACGGUUUUACGGACGGUGUAAUUCGGAAAAGAAAAUUAGAACGAGCAAGGUACAGCCUUGAUAAAGAUACGGCACUAACAAACCAACACCAGGAGGACGAGUUUUCUCCAAAAAAAAAACGCCUAGCCCUUUUGGAUCUCCUUAUUGAUGCUUCAAAAGACGGGGAAGUGCUUAGUGAUACAGACAUUCGUGAAGAAGUAGAUACUUUCAUGUUCGAAGGUCAUGACACAACAACUGCGUCUAUCAGUUGGUCGCUGUUUCUCAUAGGCAGUCAUCCACACGUGCAGGGGCGAAUUGAUGAAGAGCUAGACCGCGUUUUCGGUACUGAAGAUCGUCCGGCUACGGCAGUAGAUUUAAAUGAACUCAAAUAUCUUGAGUGUUGCAUCAAAGAAGCACUGCGCCUGUAUCCCAUCGGUCCUAUCAUUGCCCGCAAACUCAGCGAGGACACCGUUAUCCAUGGUUACACUAUACCAGCCCAUACAACCGUGGCUCUUAUGACGUAUAUCCUGCACAGGAAUCCUGAACACUUUCCCGAUCCCGAACUUUAUCAGCCCGAGCGUUUCUUUGAAGAAAACAGUCAGCGGCGUCAUCCUUACGCCUAUGUUCCCUUUAGCGCAGGCCCACGUAAUUGCAUUGGUCAGAAAUUCGCCUUAAUGGAAGAGAAGGUGAUUUUGAGCAGCAUAUUGCGAAAGUUUCACAUCCAAGCACUGGACAGAAGAGAAGAAUUGAUCCUAUUGAAUGAGCUCAUCCUGCGUCCUCGCGACGGAAUCCGGCUUCGUUUAACGCCCAAACAAAAAAUUUGUUAACUAAAUUUGACUUGGUAACUAGUAAAUA